CCUUUUUUUUUUUCGGCCAUUCUCAGGUUAUCGAUUCCUCUGUGCACAGCUUUUACCAUCUUAGGUGGUUUACGCUACUCGUCGUUGAAGUAAACAUGAAUCAACCACAUCAAUAUGGUGAAGAUCAGGAUGAAGCCACUGUGAUAGGUUUCGAAGUUCCAAGAUCACCCGAUGCAAGUUACAACAACGUGUAUCCUGGGAACGAAGAUGAAGGGCGGGAACCGCCAAUGCUCCCGUCACAUCUGCACCAUACCUUGUUAAACCACCAAACGACUAGAGAUCAAUCUGCAUCCCUCCCCUCGCCACAAAAUGUGGUUCUAAACCAUCUCUAUAUCGAGAACAGAGAAGCUCCGAGAUCGGUGGUGGCGCUCGGGGUAACACAUCGCUUUCGCUCUAAGUAUGUUACUGUAGUGCUUUACAAACCAGUUCAAAGGAGAGGAGGUAGUAACAACGCCUAA